CCAAUCGCAGCAGAGUUCAGAGGUCAGAGCGGAGGAAAGCGGAAGUUGUUGGCUGCUCGUUAGCCUUUAGCAGGCUAACCGGCGGCUGCUCGCGUUUCCGCCGCUUGUCACCGGAAAGUGAAGAUAUGAAAGGCUUCGUACUUUGUAAAAGAUGAGGGCAAGACGAGCAGGGGAAUGAUUUCAACUUCUGACAGAUGAUAAACACGCUUAAAGAAACCCGGACGUGUUAACAGCUUCCAGCAGCCACAGACACGAUGAGUGCCAAAUAUGGCUUGGGGGGCUACAACAAUUCGCGGAAGUACAUUUCCAUUUCCAUCCCGUCGUCCACAGAGGUGAUGUCACCUCACAUAAAGUCUGUGGAGGAGCUGAGGGUUCUUGGAAUCAACCUUAGCAGCUUAAGUGCCCCUAAACAGUUCAUCACYUGUGUAGCUGGAGUCUUCCUCUUUUAUCUGAUCUAUGGAUACUUGCAGGAGCUGAUCUUUUCUGUAGAAGGAUUCAAGCCRUUUGGUUGGUACCUGACUCUGGUCCAGUUUGGCUUUUACUCCAUGUUUGGACUCGUGGAGCUACAGCUCACACAAGACAAACGCAGAAGGAUACCAGGGAAGACCUAUAUGAUCAUAGCAUUUUUAACAGUAGGCACCAUGGGCCUGUCCAAUACCUCUUUGGGAUACUUGAACUACCCAACACAAGUCAUCUUCAAGUGCUGUAAACUCAUCCCAGUCAUGAUUGGAGGAGUCUUUAUACAAAGUAAAAGAUAUAAUCUGAUCGAUGUGUCAGCUGCCCUCUGUAUGAGUCUGGGACUCAUCUGGUUUACCCUGGCUGACAGCAAAGUGGCUCCCAACUUCAACGUUACAGGUGUCAUGCUUAUCUCUCUGGCGCUGUGCGCAGACGCUGCCAUUGGAAAUGUGCAGGAGAAAGCCAUGAAACUCUACAACGGYUCCAACUCCGAAAUGGUGCUGUACUCGUACUCUAUUGGUUUUGUCUACAUACUGGCAGGUCUGCUCGGUGUGGGUGGACUGGGACCAGCAGUAGCUUUCUGCUCAGAGCACCCUGUCAAAACAUACGGUUAUGCCUUCGUCUUCUCCCUCACGGGUUAUUUUGGAAUCUCUUUUGUGUUGGCCUUAAUCAAGCUUUUUGGUGCCCUAGCUGCGGUGACAGUGACCACCGGGAGAAAGGCCAUGACUAUCGUACUUUCCUUCAUGUUCUUCUCCAAACCUUUUACUUUCCAGUACAUCUGGGGUGGCCUUCUGGUUCUCUUCGGCAUCUUUUUGAAUGUUUACAGCAAAAACAAGGACAAAAUGAAGCUCCCCUCGAUCAGGGGCUGGCUGCUGACACGGAAGAAAGUCAGAUUUCUUUCAGAAGACGUAUAGAAGCCCCUCCCUCCUCCCCGCCCCCAAUAAAUGUGGCACAAUCCUGCACGGGCAGGCUGCUCGGGUCUGCUUCAGGUGUAGCGUCGGCCCWCGUUUUACGGGGAGAUGUGCUGAAACGUGCCUGAGCUACGGGGGCUACAUCACCACCGUUAUUGAGCCAAGGAUGGGUAUUACAGGGUCCGACCUCCUAUCAGCCUUACUAACAGCUGACGUGAUUAAACUGGAUCAGGGUGUUGCUGGGUCCUGUCUAGAUCUACCACUGGUUAGCUGAGAGCACUGUAUCAGCAGUGAAAUGACGGGGGGGAAUGUUUUUUUGUUUGUUUGUUUAGUUUUUUUAAAGGGAAUCAUUUCCCUGUGGGGUUCUUUUGAAGCAACGCUUUAAAGCCCACACAGAAACAUUCCUUACAUAAAGUAAAACACCGAGGACAUCUGAGUCUCUCUGAAGGGAAACCAGCUCCUUAGCCAACCAAAAUGCAGAGUUUUGCACUGGAAUCAACUCUUAACACUUUUGAGUGUUUGGGAGGGAAAAAAAUCUUUAGAAGGAAGAAAUGCAAAGAAAUGCAUUAAUUAAUGUGACUAAAAUGAUUGUCACCCASCCUGUGAGGGGAAAAUACAUUUUUGAUAAAAAGCUUAUUGGCCCCCUGCAUGUGCCAGAGAGAUGGGUGAAAAAAUAUCGUUUUACAUAAUAAUUGUCUUUACAGAAGUGUCUUUCAGAGUUUAUUGGUAAUUUAAAAGAAAUAUCAGCGCGUGGUCAUGUGGUUACAAAUCUAAAGGAAUGUGUAAUCAUUCGUUUCUCUGUACAGCAACUGCCAUGAUUUGUUAACCACAUUUCUGGGUGAGAGGGUACAUCUCUUUUUACAAUAAAAGUAUGUAUUUAGUAAUUAUGGUGA